AGCAUGACUGGUCCUUUGACGUGGAAUAUUUCCCUAAAGAGACGAUGGAGGAGUAGCAGCGUGUUGCUCGAAGCUAUCCCGUAUUAACCUUCAAUCGAGACGGGUUUUAGCCGUGAACCCCACUCGGAGCUGGGUUCACGGGAGCUGACAGACAGCAGUCUUUGACAGACUGACCUCUUCCUGCUCCCCCGCCUCCCUCCGCUCAGCUACAAUCAUGAUAAAAGCCAUUUUAAUAUUCAACAACCACGGCAAACCGAGGCUUUCUAAAUUCUACGAGCAUUAUACUGAAGACACAGAGCAACAGAUCAUCAGGGAAACCUUCCACUUGGUCUCGAAAAGAGAUGAGAACGUCUGUAAUUUCCUGGAAGGUGGAAUGUUGAUUGGAGGAUCAGACUACAAGCUGAUCUACAGACACUACGCCACACUCUACUUUGUGUUUUGUGUGGACUCCUCAGAGAGUGAACUAGGAAUUUUAGACUUAAUCCAGGUAUUUGUGGAAACGCUGGACAAAUGCUUUGAGAACGUCUGUGAGCUCGACUUAAUUUUCCAUGUAGACAAGGUCCACAACAUUCUGGCAGAGAUGGUGAUGGGCGGGAUGGUCCUGGAGACCAACAUGAAUGAAAUCAUCACGCAGGUGGACGCCCAGAACAAGAUGGAGAAGUCUGAGGCCGGUAUUGCAGGAGCGCCUGCUCGUGCCGUAUCAGCUGUAAAGAACAUGAACCUCCCGGAAAUGCCCAGAAACAUCAACAUUGGUGACAUCAGCAUAAAAGUGCCAAAUUUACCCUCCUUCAAAUAGUGGCAGCGAGAUCCUGAGCCUGCAGGUGUCAGCCAAUGUUUACCGUGAUGCAAUCUGUUUACCAAAACCUCAAUUCACUAACUUUUAUCAAAACUGUACAUCUUGAAGGUACUGUGUGGUUUGACACUCCUUGUUCUGGUGUUUUCUCUUUGUUUUUCCUAUUAAAGAAAAUAAUGUUUUACAUGUUUUGUUUCUGUUGGAAGGAAAAAUUAAGUAUUUAUUUAUUUGUGGUACAUUCCUUCUGCCUCGCUGGAGGUUUGCCCCUGAUGUUCAGCUGCUGCAGUACAGAUCUGUGUCAGUUUGCAACUGAAAUUAUUUUACCGACUUAAGUGUUUACUUAAAAGAGAAAGCUGGCAGGUGGUGAUGUUUUGAGAUGAUUUCAUUGGUUUGCUUAUUCCAGAAAACCAGUCGGUGGUGGAAAGAGCAUGAAACUAUUUCAAAUACCAACUCGAAACAGGUCCGCUAGAGUAUUGAAAAACACACAUUACAGCACCUUUGUAAAAAUCAGUGCAAAGAAUUACAUUACAGAUAUGCUGUGCGACAGAAAUAUGGAUAUAUAUGCUGAUAUGAUUUUUUUCUUUUCUUAUUUGUAUGCAAAAUAUUUUUAAAUGAUUUAUCAAGUCUUAUCAAAUAAGUAUCUUAAUUUUAAUCUGUGCAUGAUUUUUUUUCUCUUCUUUUUCAACAUAAUAAAGUGUCGAAACUCA